AUGUUCAGUUACAUCCACAUCAAGCACCAUGAUGUUGGAAGUUCUGUGCAAUAUACAGACAAAAAAAAUCUGUUUGAUGAUGAUAUAGAACAAGAUGAUACUGUCUGUAUCAAGACUGAAUAUGAAAGUACAGUGUCCAAAGGAGUUGAAAGUCUAGAAGAAUCAAUUGAAAAGGAUUCAGAAGAGGAUUUUGAUGGAGGGAAUGUGACUUCUUUAAAGACUGAAUAUGACUAUUCAGUAUCUGAAGAAGCUAAAAGUCUUGGAAAAGUGUCAAUUAGAAAUGAACCAAAAGAAACUAGGAAGCAUGCAGACGAAGAAAAUAUUAUCUAUAUAAAGACUGCAGAAAAGGUAGAAGUAAAACCUGAAAUUCCAUUGUAUGAAAAAUUCAAAAUUCAAGGAGAGAAAACAUUUGAAACUGACCCUAGCAUUUUGAUGUGUGAAGAUAUAGAUCGUUUGUCAUCAACAGUGCCAUUUGUAGCUGAGACUUGUAAGAAUACAUACUCAUCAGAUGGUCAGGUGACACAUCAGAAAAGGGGAUAGAGAGAAAACACACCGAAAAGUGGAUGCAAAAGGGAAAGGUUAUGUUUGUGAUGUAUGUGGCAAAAAAUCAACAAAAGAAGUAAAAUAAUAGAACAUAUGAGAGUGCACACAAAAGAGAAACCUUUUAGAUGUGAGGUUUGCACUAGAGCCUUCACUCAGAAAACUAAUCUCAUUGCACACAUGAGAGUACAUUCAGACGAGAAACCAUACAACUGUGAGAUAUGUAGUCGUGCAUUCU